AUGGCGGGAGGCAAUGUUGAGAAGGGACAACGUUAUAUCGCACUUUUAGACCAGGCGCGGGCCCAGGGUAAAUGGGAAGAGGUCCCUGAAUUGAUCCGAAAGGUUACCAAGCACGCUCCACAGAGGACUUGUGUCAUUCAGACCGCAACUGCCGAAACGCGAGUGGUGGCAUUCAUUCACCAAAAGACGACUACUGAAUCGACAGCGACACCCAAUCUUCCCGAGUUGAUCCCCGCCUUGUUGACAACUAUCGAGAACAAUGAUGGCACCCCGCAGGAGAUCUUACAAGCUCAGGUGUGCUUGGGAUGGGUCCAUUGGACACUGAAUGAGCCGGCACUAGCGGCAGUCCGCCUGCCCAAGGAUUUCACUGCUACCGUUCAGGCCCUGUUGAGCGAAGGCCAUGAAUUAUCCGAGUGGACUGAGGUCUGUUUAGUCAAGGGAUGCUACAUCAAGGGAUCUGCACAGUCUACAGUCGCCAGCAUCGAUGAAUCUCUGGAGACAUUUGCAGCCUUGAUCCCGUGGCUGAGCAACGGCAAGCUCAUCAACAAUGCCAACUCCCAAUUUCUCAGCUGGUCCGAGACGCUACUUGGCAAGGGAGCCGUGAUGGCCAGUGAAGAAGCCGGUACGGCUACCCCAUACUCAGACCCCCGGCAUGUGGAGAUCGCUCUUCGGCUGUUUCGGCUAUGGUCUGUGCAUCCUGCAGUCAAGCAAGGACAGGGUUCUCCUAAGGCUGCGUACGCAGGUGCUCCGGGUCAACCAUCGCGUACUUCUAUCUGGAAAUCGUACUACUUGUUCCUCACAAUUGUCCUGCAGGAUGGCUUGCCCUACCCCCCUUCGCACGAUAACCCGGAACGGCCACAGCUAGCCAGUGAGCUUCGUCGAGUUGAAGCCAUUUGUGAGAGUAACUUACUUCGGGAAGUUAAAUUCCCUACUGCUAGUUCCGACAAUUCCCAGGUUGAGGAAUGGGUGGAGCAGGUGAUCAGCAACUGGGAGGUUCUUUGUGGCCCCGACUGGCAGGACCAGGAUCUCGGUGAAGGGGGACAAAACGCCGUGGGCCGUAAUGUCCUGGACAUUCUGUACCGUGCGGCAACCAAAACCUAUCAUUCGCACUUGAUCCUCAGACGCCUGUUUCAUGUACAUUCUGCACUGGCAGACUUUGACCUUGCGCUCAAGGCUCUUGAUUCCUACAUCGAGAUUGUCACUGCCGCCAAGGCACGGGCUGAAAAGUCGGCCGAAUAUGGAGAGCUAGAAAAAGAUGAGAUACUCUUGCAAACUCUUUCGGAGGGGGUUACUCUUUUGAGCUGCCUUGGGUCUUUUGAAGAGGCAGAGAAGGCCAAGAACUUGACAGACUUGAUCAAGGAGUAUAUCGAUAAGGCGACAAGCCAAACAGAGGGUCAGAGCAACGGCAAGCUCCUGCUUUCACAUGGUCCUAACUGUACCAAUGCUCCAGAUAUCCCCGUCGCCAUACUCGCCACAUCAUACCGAGCUGUCGGGGUUGGUCUUGCCAACUGGGCUAGCUACACCCCUCUGAACGAGGCUCGCGACGAGAUUCGUGGGGAAGCAAUUGAUUACUUGGAGAAGAGCAUUAAUCCUGAGUUUGGACAAGACACCGACUUCGCCGCUCUGUAUACUCUUGCCCUAACUCUAGCGGAAAACCGUGAUCUCGAUGCUGCAAUCGACUAUGCUAAGUCCGCUCUGACGUCUCACAAUUCAAGCCCUGUCACUGAAGACCUCUCCAAACAAAGAGAUCUCGUAUCACUGUGGCAUCUGCUUGCACUUCUGCUUAGUGCAAAGCAGGAGUUCGACAUCGCUGAACGCUCAUGCGAGGCAGCAUUUGAACAUUUCCCCUCAGAAAUCUCCUUCAGGGGCAGCCGUGACCGGCGUUCUUCAAGGCAUUCACAGAAUGGUUUAGGUGGUCCCAAGCGCUCGCUGAUCAGUCGGUUGCAGAGCCGGGAGAAGGAGCGCAUCCUUCAGACUCGUAUCACACAGCUCGCGUUUACCGAGGUUCUCGAAGGCCCGGAGGCUGCCGUUAACCAGACUGAGCAGCUGCUCAGCCUUUUUGGCAGACUGUUCCAAGAGCUGGAUCUUGACGAGGGAUCCAAGUCAAAGUCUGAUCAUUUGGUACCACCAAAAAGCUCUGCGGGAACAACAAAGAGCUUCCGCAGCAGUAUUUUCCACCGUAGCAGAAUGUCUCAGCUACCAGAACGCCGGGGUGAUCUAUCCGCAAGGUCAAAUUCGGCGACCCCUCCUGUUCCGGCGAUCCCGAAUGGACACUCAGGAUAUGAUGCACCAGAAAUACAGGUCACUGACGAAGAUCACGAUUCAAGUCCCAGAAUUGGACGAUCAGACUCCAAAAGGUUGCAGAAGCGCAGCGGUAGCUCCUUUAGGCCCGAAAAUCCACAAGAUCAAGGACCCCCAGUCCCUCCGCAUGAAAAUGAGGUUGGCAUUGCAGUGUCAGGGAACUCGACACCCGUACCACGGGCUCAUUCGCAAACUCCAAACGACGAACGGCCUAUGCAGCAUAAGUUAGUUAGCCAUGACGGGCAAUCCCCGCGCCACAACCUGCGCCGUCCCGUUGCUCAAAGAUUUGACUCUCCUACCAACGUUACCACCAAAUUCUCUCUCACACAAUCCAAGAAACACGCCCUUGCUCUGCUGGUCAAGAUUUGGCUGGUCAUCGCUGGUCUUUAUCGCCGUGCAUCCCUAUUUGAUGAUGCCCGCGAAGCUUGUGAAGAAGCCUUGAAACAGACUGAGCGAAUGGAAGCCCUGGCCGCCGCUGAGGAAUCUUCUGCUCGUCACUUGAACAGUCGUGGCUGGACUGCUGCGAGAAGCUCUGAAGAACUCUGGGCUGAUGUCUACGCAGAAGAGGGUCUUUUGUCUCAAGCCCAGGACAAGCCUCACGAGGCCAUGAAGUAUUACGAAGACGCUCUCUUGCGCUGCCCGGAACACCCAAUUGCAACCAUCGCCCUCGCAAACCUUCUCCUGGACAUCUGGGACGAGAAACUUUCGCCCGAAUCAACAAAGACAGAUGUAGAUCUCAAUGUCUCACGUCUUUCCUUGUUGGCUUCCAGCGCUAAAAUCAAGUCUGCACGAGCCAUUUCAGCCGAUGAGCUCAAAGCCACUGAAAUAGCCGAAAUUUCACGACCAGUUUCCGUGGCUAGUUCCCCACAUGAAGUUGACCCGAAGCACCUCCACCGUCUCGCAGCUCGUGACCGUGCCUACGGCCUUCUCUCCAUACUCACUAAACUCGGCAGUUCCUGGGAUAAUUCCGAGGCCUGGUACGCGCUUUCCCGUGCAUACGAGGCCGGAGAGCAGACCGAAAAGCUAAAAGAGGUUUUGUGGUGGUGCAUUGAGCUUGAGGACCGUCGGCCGAUUAGGCAUUGGUCUAACAUUGGCUCCGGUCUUUAUGUCCUUUAA